AUGUCCAGAAAGAUCAUCAUCGACACCGAUCCUGUACGACUUCCAACGCCAUCAAAUGCAUCGACAUAGCUAAGGUUUUUCUAGGGUGUCGACGAUGUCCUCGCCCUCUUGCUGGCCUUAGCUGCCACUCCUGAAGAGCUGGAAAUCUUGCUCAUCUCGGUGACCUACGGCAAUAUCGACGUUCGCAACUGCCUUCGGAAUGUGAUUUCUCUCUUCCAUCAUGUCGAGCAAGAGAUUGAAUGGCGCAAGUCUCAAGGGCGCGAUCCCGGUUUUCAGACGCUUCGAAAGACGAAGCCGAUCGUUGCUGUUGGACCCGAUCAUCCGUUGGCUGAACAAACUAUGAUGGUGAGUGCUUCAAGACUCGGAAGGCACUUUUGGCGAAAUAAUCGCUUACCUUUGCAAUUUUGAUUUCAGGCCGACUUCUUCCGUACGAAUGAUCUCCCUCAGGGAAAUACCAGUUUGUACUAACUAGCGUCGUAGAUGGGAGAGAUGGACUUGCGGGAAUCCAUGAAACGGUACGCGGUGCUAUCACGCUGUACGACAAACGAAACGGCUGACUCUUGCAAGCAUCCUCAUAUGACUCCAGCCGAUACUUGGAAGUCCCUCUUUGAUCGCUCCCAACAGUCAUCCGAUCCAGAAGAGCAUGCCGUCGCUGAAGAAUUGGCCAAUAAAGACGCUCUCUUCAUCCCUUCUAAGAAGCCAUCCAGCGAAGAGAUUCUCCGCCUCCUCCGAGACAACGAACCAGAUACAAUCACAAUCGUAGCAAUCGGUCCACUCACCAACCUCGCCCUAGCCGCUGCUCAGGACCCCGAAACUUUCCUCCGAGCAAAAGAAAUCGUAGUCAUGGGCGGCAACAUCAACGACAUCGGAAAUGUAUGUGGAAAUCUUUCACCUUCGUCUACGAACAUCAUCUCAGCCCCCGAGCCACUCUUCCGCCUCACCAAACAACCCACAGGACCCAUCAGAACUCAACUAAACUCCCGCAACCAGAUCACCCCCGUAGCAGAAUUCAACACCUUCGCCGAUUCCAUCGCCGCCGCCCGCGUCUACGCCCUCUCAUCCCAAGACCCGAAAACCACCAUGCCCCCUCCCAUUCCUCCAACCUCCACCAACGAGCAGACCGUCCUACGUCCUUAUCCGGAAACCCUCUCCCGCCAACUCAAAAUCACAAUGUUCCCCGUAGACAUCACCCACCGCCACAACCUCUCCCGAGGAGUCUACCGCACGAUCCUCGCCUCCCCCUCGACCUCAAACUCUCCCCUGGCAUCCUGGCUCUCCGCCUUCCUAACAUCCACCUUCCGAAAAAUCGAAUCCCUGCAACAGGAAGCUUCCGGCGACGACGUAAAUCUCGGUCUCCACGACCCCCUGACCAUCUGGUAUUGCAGUACGUCUCCUGCCUUUCCCUUUCCAAAAAAAACCCAGCCUCAUCCUCACACUCACACUCCAUCUAACACAAAAAGCCAGUGACCGACCCAGCUACCUGGCAAAUCAACGAAGACGAAGACAUCCGAAUCGAGACUUCCGGGCAGUGGACGCGGGGCAUGUGUGUCGUCGACCGCCGCACUCGUCGGAAGCGCGCCGAGGGCGAGGAAGGGGAGAAGGCCGGCGAUACGGGGAACUGGCUGAGCCGUCGGGGUGGGAAUCGUUUGCGAAGAGCGGUGAGAAGUCCCGCGGGCGGAGAGGAAGGGUUUGGAGGCUUGAUGUUGAGGAGGAUUCUCAACAUGGAGUAA